UGAGAGAGGAGGAGGGGCCAACAGGGUGUCUCUUGCACCAGCGGCUUGCCCGGGUUACAUCCACAAAUGCCUCGGAAGCAGCCUGCUGGCUGCAUCCUCCUCACAUUCCUGGGUCUGUCUGGGCUGGUCGGUGCAGUCACCAGGACAUACUACAUUGGAAUUGUGGAAGAAUACUGGAACUAUGUUCCCCAAGGGAAGGAUGUUAUUACGGGCAAAAGUUUCUCAGAAGACAAACUUGCGACCUUAUUUCUCGAAAGAGGGCCCAACAGGAUAGGCGGUAUUUACAAAAAGGCUGUUUACAGACACUUCACGGAUGGCACCUAUUCCACGGAGAUCCCCAAACCCUCGUGGCUCGGAUUCCUGGGCCCCAUUUUGAGGGCUGAAGUAGGUGAUGUGAUUGUCAUUCAUUUAAGGAACUUUGCUUCCCGACCUUACUCUUUGCACCCGCAUGGCGUUUUCUACAACAAAGAUUCAGAAGGAGCCCUAUAUCCAGAUGGAACAUCUGGAAGGAACAAGAAUGAUGACAUGGUUCCUCCUGGCAAAAACUACACCUAUGUCUGGCCAGUGAGAGAAGAAUAUGCACCUGCUCCAGCGGAUGCCAACUGCCUGACCUGGGUGUACCAUUCACACAUCGAUGCACCCAAGGACAUCUGCUCUGGGCUAAUAGGCCCCCUGCUGGUGUGUAAGGGAGGUAUACUGAAUAGAUAUUCAGGGACAAGGACUGAUGUGGAUCGGGAGUUUGUUAUUAUGUUUACUCUGGUGGAUGAGAACCAAAGCUGGUACCUUGAUGAAAAUAUCAGACAUUUCUGCACUGAUCCCAAUUCAGUUGACAAAAAAGAUGCUGUUUUCCAGAGAAGUAAUAAAAUGCAUGCCCUCAAUGGAUACCUCUUUGGAAACUUCCCUGAGCCUGAAAUGUGUGUGGGUGAAUCUGUGUCCUGGCACCUCUUUGGAAUGGGGAAUGAGAUAGACAUCCAUUCCAUCUAUUUCUACGGUAACACCUUCAUCAGCAGAGGGCACCGGACUGAUGUCGUCAACCUGUUCCCAGCCACUUUCCUCACAACUGAAAUGAUAGUGGUGAAUCCUGGGAAGUGGAUGAUAACCUGCCAAGUCAGUGACCACCUGCAGGCUGGGAUGCUGGGGCAAUACAAUGUUGGUAACUGCAAAAGUGAUGUGUCUCACUCCAAGGUGAAGGGUCAUCAAAGGCGCUACUUUAUAGCAGCUGAGAAGGUUCUUUGGGAUUAUGGUCCUCAAGGCUAUGACAAAUUUAGUGGUCUUCCCCUCAAUGCCUCUGGCAGUGACUCAGAAUUCUUCUUCUCACAAGGGAAAAACAGAAUAGGAGGAAAAUAUUGGAAAGCUCAGUAUGUGGAGUAUGUUGAUGCAACCUUUACUCAAAGAAAGAGACUCUCUGGGACAGAGGCCCAUCUUGGAAUUCUUGGGCCAGUUAUCAGGGCAGAGGUGGGUGACACAAUAUUAGUGACAUUUGCCAACAAAGCUGACAAGGUCUACAGUAUUCUGCCCCAUGGUGUGUUCUAUGACAAGGCAUCUGAUGCAGCCCCAAAUGUAGAUGGGUUUCUGAAACCAGGCGCGCAUGUUAAACCAGGUGAAACCUUUACAUAUAGGUGGACAGUGCCUGAGAGUGUAAGCCCGACAGCUGAUGAUCCUCCCUGUCUGACCUAUGUGUACUUCUCAGCAGUUGAACCCAUCAAGGACACCAGCGCUGGCCUUGUGGGGCCUCUGCUAGUUUGUAAAAAGGGAGUUCUCAAUGCUGAUGGCACACAGAAAGGGAUAGACAAGGAAUUCCACCUACUCUUCACAGUCUUUGAUGAGAAUCUGAGCAGGUAUAUUGAUGAAAACAUUCAGAGGUUUACCUGGUAUCCAUACAGUGUUGACAAAGAAGACAAGGAGUUCAUGGAAUCUAACAGAAUGCAUGCUGUUAAUGGCUAUAUGUAUGGCAACCAGCCAGGCCUAAGCAUGUGCAAAAAGGAUAGGGUUUCCUGGCAUCUGAUUGGAAUGGGCACUGACACCGACAUGCAUGGAGUUUAUUUUCAAGGGAACACCAUCCACCUGCGAGGGACUCACCGUGACUCCCUGGCUCUGUUCCCCCACAUGUCCACCACGGCGUUCAUGCAGCCAGACCAUGCAGGCAUUUUCAAGGUGUUCUGUUCCACCUUGCACCACUUCGCGAGGGGCAUGGCUCAGAUCUAUGAAGUCAACAGCUGUGGCAACAAGGACCCUUCUGAACAGCCAUACGGGAUGAUAAGAACCUUUUACAUCGCCGCUGAAGAGGUAGAAUGGGAUUAUGCCCCUAACAAAAACUGGGAGUUCGAAAAGCAGCACUUGGACGCAGGAGGGGAAAGACAUGGAGACAUAUUCAUGAACCAUACUGAAAACUGGAUUGGCUCUCAGUAUAAGAAGGUGGUUUACAGGGAGUACACGAAUGGAGAAUUUGUGGAGAUCAAAGCCCGACCGCCGCGAGAGCAGCACUUAGAACUGCUGGGCCCAAUGAUUCACGCUGAGGUGGGCGACUCCAUCUUGAUCAUAUUUAAGAACAAAGCCAGCCGGCCCUACUCCAUCUCAGCCCAGGGUGUGGAGGACAUGGAUAGUGGAAAGCGACUCCAAGUGCCCAUCACACAGCCAGGAGAAAUAAAAACUUACAGAUGGAAUGUCCCUAAAAGAUCUGGUCCAGGGCCCUCUGAUCCCAAUUGUAUUCCAUGGGUUUACUAUUCAACAGUAAACUUUGUGAAGGAUACAUACAGCGGUUUGAUGGGUCCUCUGAUUACAUGCCGAGAAGGAAUAUUGAAUGAAAAGGGAAGAAGAAGUGAUGUCGAUUAUGAGUUUGCACUCUUGUUUUUGGUGGUAAAUGAGAAUGAAUCCUGGUAUCUGGAUGACAAUAUUAAGAAGUAUCUCAACAAAGAUCCGCGAGAUUUUAAGCGCAGUGAUGAUUUUGAGGAGAGCAACAAAAUGCAUGCCAUCAAUGGGAAGAUUUUUGGGAAUCUCCAUGGCCUCAUAAUGAAUGAAGAUACAAUGACAAACUGGUACUUGUUAGGCAUAGGAAGUGAAGUGGACAUUCAUACCAUCCAUUAUCAUGCCGAGAGCUUUCUCUUCAAGAUAGAAAACUCUUACCGAGAAGACGUGUAUGAUCUCUUUCCUGGGACCUUCCAAACCAUCGAACUGUUUGCAGAUCACCCGGGAACAUGGCUGCUGCAUUGUCAUGUGUCUGAUCACAUCCAUGCUGGCAUGGAGACAACCUACACGGUUCUCCGAAACAUAGAUAACAGGAUUCCUUACUCCACCAAGUCUCCGUCUGGAGGAGCACCACAUCCGGCGACAGUGUCCCCCAACGAACCACCUGGCAAAGGGAUGCUGUAUUUCUUCGGCAGGAAUCUGGGUCCAAGAGGAGCCAAGGCAGCCUUGGUUAUCCUUUUCAUCAUAGGACUCCUCCUCCUGACGGCCACUGUGAUUCUUUCUCUCCGACUCCGCUCCGUGAGGAGGCAGAUGACAUACCAGGAAGUCCAGUCCUGUGCGCUCCCCACGGAUGCUCUGUGAACCACCUGGCCUUCCUAGGCAGGGAGCAGGGAGGUCCGACAGCUGGAUGGAAGCCAGCAAGGGAAACAACCACGGCCUCGUUCACCAAGGAAGGUUGACACCGAAUCUUGGAUUGGGCUUCGGAUCCUCUGGAACAUCACUCAAAGCAAUUUGCUUUUAUUUAUUUAUUUAUUUUUAGAUGGGCUGUGAAUAAUCCUCAUGUGUAAAAUACCACAACAGAAGAAUGUGUGGAACUGACUGGGAAAAGCCAAUGCUUAGUCUUUUUCUGAACAAAUUUGUUCAAGUAGGAGACCUUCUGAAAGAUAUCUUUAUAUUCCAUCUUUUAUAAUUCUUAGGAACAGUGCUUCCUUAAUUAACCAUCAAAAUCUCUAAAUGGAAAACUUCUAGAAAGAGUUUUAGUGCUUCAACGUCUCACUAGAAUGGCACUGAUUGUUCAACUCUGUCAAGUGAGGUGCUUCCCUUAGUUGAUUCAGGAACACAUAACUUUCUGAGGACUUCAUGUAUGUUUCUUAAGACAGAAUCUACUGACAGAAUUGAACCAAAUGAAGUUUUUGGAGGCUUUACAACUAGCUCUCCUGGCCUUUCCUCCUUUGAUAUAAAUAACCUGUGUCCUGUUAGUCACAAAAGGUAUCAUAAGCUUAAAAAAAUCAAAUUGCUGUUGUUUUUAUGAAAACCUGCAGAAAUACUUGAAUGUUUACAACUCUCUUCAUGUUAUAUGUUUUCACAAUAUGUUUCCAUGGCAAGGUUUGUGUUUUUCAAAGUCAACCAGAGAACCUCUAUUUCCUUUUCAGACUGUGGGAGGGCUGGAAUCUGUGAGCAAGAGUCAGACGGCCCCUCAGGCAGGUGAGUGAGAACUCUCACUAAGGGAGGGAAACUCUGCAGGAUGCGAGUCUGAGCUUGCAUCUUCAGUCUGAUUUCUGUUCACAGGGGGACCCUUUCCAAGUCUCCAUUCUUUGACACUGCACUAACCUAAUCAGUGAGAAGCCCCAGGAGGAAUUCAUCAGUGCAGCUGACCGAGUGGGAGGAGAGGGGAUCUCUCAAAACCCUAGAUUCCACGCCUCUUAAAGAUAGCCCACUGGGUGAAGAGAAAACAAGGAAAAGCAAAGGCUAGAAUAAGGGAGUCUCACUGGUUCUUCUUGAACCAUUAAAUCAGCUUUGAAGAUAAGCAUUAUAAUUCCCAAGGAAGAAAUGCAAAAAUAAAAUACUGAAGAAUAGAAUUCAAUCCUUUACAAGGCAUUCCGCACUCUCUGUAGGCAAGCCUAGACUUUAGAUGUAAGAUGGAUGAAAGCAACAUUGUUUAUUACUAGCCAGAAGAAAUUGCCAUUCGCUCAGGUCAAGAUGCCCUGGGAAGCUGAUGGCAGAUGAGUGAUAUUAGUGUACCUGCCUUAGCGGUGGUCAUUUGAAUGUCCAGGUGAAUGAGUAGGACCCAUAAGUACCCUGGUGGAGGGACCUUUCAUACUUUCUUGUCUUUAUCUUGGUGAGGGGAACCAGGUAAUUUAAUAGAAGCUCUUCUCUUACGUAGAACAGGAUGCAGAUACUAACAGUUUUGUUCAUAGUUUUCUUGAAUGUCAUAUCAAACAGGAUAUUCAAAAGAUUUCAAAUCUCAGCCCGUUAACCACUGAAAAUGUGAUUUUGUAGUCCACCCUCUACAGUUUUCAUACAUGUGUAGGCUGUGUAAUUACAUAAUAAUAAUUAUGGUAAAUGCCUUAUUUAUUACUCAUCUUUAAUAAGACAACAUGUUUGGUUAUAAGUUUUUUUCUCUUUCAGUUUUUUUAAAAAUGAAAACAAAAGCACAAAGUAGUUUGCACCAUUUCUCUUUUUAAUAAAGUUUCACAUAUUA